AUGUCUCUCGAAAUGGGGAAUAGGCAGCCAGAGGUGAAUGAGAGCCAGUUUGCAUCGUAUGUAGCUGAAGCCAGCCCAGCCAACAUCUGCCUCUUUCUCUUUCUCUUCUCCCUCUUCCUCUUCUUUUCCUCUUUCCCUUCCUUCUCUUCCACUUCAUACCCCAUCUAUGUCCCUACCAUGAUGCUAAUUGUGAUUACCGUCACAACGAUCAUCGUCUUUUUCAUCGUCACCUUCAUAGUGAGUACAGUCUACCUCAACCUACCAAGAACUUCAGAACCGCCCCCACCGAAUCUGAUACCCUCGACCCUGUACCCCAAGAUGCCACCCCGCCGUAACCCCUUCAUGAUCCUUCAGCUCAUCGAACUCAAGGCAGUCGUCGAGGCCAUGCUGUCCGAUCUUGAAGCCGAUUGGGCACGCGGACAUCGCAGCAGGACCGAUCUUGAGGAAAUGCACAGCUUCAGAAAUCUCCUGGGGCACAUUUGUCGUGAAAUAGAGGUGCGGCAGAGAACGGGCCCUGGACUUCCCAAGCUCUAG